AUGGAUACAAUACCACAAUAUUAUCAAACUGAUAAUAUGUCUAUGAGUAAAGAACCGUCACAACUUUCGUCGAAUUUCGUACAACCAGAGUUAUCGCAGUUACAGUCUUAUACACCCAUGACUGACACUGGUUACCCUUCUGAUCAAUUCGGAAUGCAAGGUCCCGUUCCAGUUUCAGAACCUCCACCUUACGAUGAAUUCACUGGUUAUAAUUGGGUACAGGUACCCGCGGAAAUGGCUCCAUUUUUUCCUUCUACACCAGAUAAUUUUGGUCAACAUCCUCUUUUGUCUUCUUAUGAAGAGGAUUUCAUAUUUAAAGAUUUUCUUCACAAUAUUCAAGAAGAUCCUAAUUUCAUUUUUAAUCCAAUACUGCCGAGAGAUAUGCCCAUAUAUCCUCCACCAGAGAAUGGUAUAAAUAAUUCCGUUCCUAUGGAUACUUCAUCUGUGAACGAGAUUUAUAAUCCUUCGCAAAGUCAUCCUUCUGAUAUUUUGCCUCGUCAUCAAUUUCCUCCUUCAAAAUCGACAAGUUUGUCCCCUCGUACAAAAAAUAUUACUCUUUCUCCAAAAAAUUCUCCUCAUCAUGAAUUUAGGCAAUCUUCUUCACAAUUAACUUCUCCAAUUGAUGAUAAAGAUAAAUCAGUAGCUCCAUCUGUACCUGCAAAACGUAAACAAGAUAGUAAACAAGAUGUUGAAGUGGAGCCUAGGCGCAGGCCGUCAAACCCUCCGUUAAGUCCAAUAAAUACUAAACUUGUUAUGACUCAAUCUCAUAAUUUAACUUCAAGUCCUAGGCCAAUUUCUCCAUCUAUGCAAUUAUCUAAUCUUUCCAUUAAUAGUGGAAAUACGAAUAGUAACUCUAAUGAAAAUGAUAAUGAUAAUGAUGAAAGUCCUGGAAAUACUCCUAAACUCCUUACUGAAGAGGAGAAACGAGCGAAUCAUAUCGCUUCAGAACAAAAACGAAGAAAUACAAUUCGUGCAGGUUUUAAAGAAUUAACAGACAUUAUACCUACCCUUAAGAAUGUUAAUAAUUCUAAGAGUACAAUAUUAUUUAAAGCUGUGGAUUAUAUUAAAUAUUUAGAAAGAAGAAAUCGAAAUUUAAAAGAACGUGCUGGUUUAUUGGAAAUGCGUGUUGAAAUGGAAAUGAGACAAGGAAAACGUUAUCACCAUCAUGGUGGGUUUGGUCCUACAAUGGGUUUUGGUCAUCAACGAGUUGGUCCAAUGCCAAUGGGUCCUGCUUAUGGUGUAAUGCCUAAUUCAUUAAAUGGAAUGAAUGGUAUGCAAAUUCCAAUUGGCCAAGGUCAUCCUCCACCACAGACACAUGUAAUUGCUCCACCAAUGCAAAAUAUAUAUUUUGUUUCUACUGGGGCCGAUAAUCAACCUAUGCCAUCACAACAACAGAUAUUGUCUUCAGUAAAUCCUACAAAUAAUAUAUUUAGAGGUAUACCUAUUCAACAACAACCUCAGCAGGUUAACAACGACAAUAAUAAUAAUGGUCUUGUUCCUGGAAUGAACAUUCCUGCAAUGACAA